GCGACAGCGUGUGUUGUCUGGGUAUUUUACGCGCGCCGUCACCGUUGUCGUUGACGUGUCGCAACGUCGUACGUUCGCGAGUGUCGCGAGUGCGCGAGAGAUCGUUCGCGCUCGUGCGACCGGAACGGGAACUCCAAUUUCAACGCUCGCGCCGUGGUGCCGUCAACCGUCGAUCGACUCACCGACGACGGCUGACUAUCUUUUUUUCUCUUUCUCUCCUUCUCUCUUUCUCUCUGCGUCGCCGAUCCGCCGCACGAAUGAUCCACGGAUGAUCCAACAUGGCGUCGACCGAUCUGUCGUUCGGCUCUAUACCGGCGUUCUACAGAGAAGUCUACGAGAAGGUCUGCUUGCCCACCAGCGGAAACGUGAAGCUCGAGGUGUUCAGGUCCCUGCUUGUCAAGUCGCAACUAAGCGGUUCCAUCGUCAAUCAGAUAUGGAAGCUGGUGGACAGCAAGACGGGUUAUCUUACGAGAAGCGGACUGUACAAGGGUCUCGCUCUCAUCGCCUUCGCUCAACAAGGAAAGCAACCGAGCGACAAGCUACUGGAAAAUUCCGAAUCCCAAGAGUUACCCGUUCCCGCUCUGGGAGAUCUGUCGGAAGUGACGCUUCUGGCGCAGAGGCUGCACCGGGGCAAUCCCGCAAAGCUGAGUCACACUUACUCGGACAUCUGUAAUCUGGACACUAUCGAGGUCAACCUCGUUCCCGAGAAGAAGGGCAUUUUCCUGAAGCACGUGGAGUAUCAAGUCACCAGCAAGAGGUUCAAUUCCGUGGUCUACAGGCGUUACAAUGAUUUCGUAUCGUUAUACGACCUCCUCCUAGCUCGGUUUCCCUACAGAUUGAUCCCCAAGUUACCACCGAAGAAAAUCGUAGGAGCGGACUCACAAUUUCUCGAAGAGAGGCGGCGCUCUCUCCUGCGGUUUCUCACGCUGAUCGCUCGCCACCCGGUGGUAAGCGACGAUCCGAUCGUACAAUUUUUCUUCACGUACACCGGCGACGAGACGCAGCACAAGAUCCGCGAGGUAUUCAGGCGCGUGCCCGAUGAGUUUGCCACGUCCGAGCUGUCGUCGAGGGCGAAAGAGCUGAUGCCGCCCGAGACGCUGACCGAGUUCGCGAACAGCCGCGAUCAGAUACGCGUGAUACUCCUCGGGAUCUCCCGGCUGAAGCACAUCGCCGACAGCCUGGCGAUCAGGUCGCAUAAUUACGCGGUGGAUAUGGCUGAGCUCGGCAAUCAGCUGAGCACUUUGGCCGCGGAACAGCACGGCACCGGCACCUGGCUCACCGGCUGUUCCAGCCUUUGGCAAGACAUGAAGAAGGGCUUUCACGUAAUCUCGAAAGAGUUCAACCUGCUGUCGACCAGAGCCCUUCAACAAGCGGUCAGAGAGGAGACCAUGGUCUGCGAGAGGCUGAAUCUCCUGCUCGACAUUUUAGUCGCGCACAGGAUGCUGUGCGAGAGACACGAGCGAGGCGUCAGCACCGAUCAUCAACGCGCCCUGUCUACGAUGCUGUCUCUCAAGAAGCGGCAAAUGCAAGGCGUUAUUCGCGGCACCGACGCCGACACCGUCGAGUACCUCGAGAAUAAGAUGGUCUCCCAGGAAUCCGUGAUCGCCAACGUCGAACUGAGGAACUGUUUCUCGCUGCUCUGCCUGCACAUGGAGACCCAGCUCGUUCACGCGCAUCUAGAGAUACUCGCCACCGUGCUGCAGAGUCUCGUGAGCGUGCAGAUUCGCGGGCAUUCCGAGUUGGCUGAAGUGUGGAAGCUAAUCGAACCGACGAUUACAAAGUGUUUGCCCGAGAAGUUAGCAAGCGGGUCCAAUGGAGGAUAGCACCGGAGUAGCAAAGUUUCGUAUAUGCCCAGACAGAUCAUAGCGUUGCCAAAUAAUUGAUAACCGAAACUUGUAUAAUACACAAUUCCCGGUAAACAUGACAAUACGGUGGUCGAAGACAGGAAGAAGAAAGACGUGCAAAAUCUCGAGUCGUUCCACAUUAACUACAUAGAUUCUAUAUUUAUCUACAUAUAGAUUCUAUAUCUGUCUGAUUAUAUAGAUUCACUUGCAACAUUUGUAUAUUCUUUGAUUAUCAAAUGAUUAAAAUAUCACGUAUGAUAUUUAACCGGAGAUAUUCAUCUUUUAUUAUAUGAUGAUAAGAAUCUCGAAUAUGUAUAGCGCGUUCAAGUUUUAAACAUUCCCUGUUGUGUACUUAAUAUAUUUUAUGGACCAGCGAACGAUAUUUCUAAUUCCCUAAUAAUUGUUAAAUCGCUAUGUACAUAAGAAUUUAUAGGUUGUAUAUACGCGUGUCGUAUCGAUGCGUGAAGAGUGCCUAAGCGAUUGUAAAUAUAUACAUAUAUAACUCGAA